AUGACAAUGGAAAUGAAACUAGAUGCCUUAAAGGGACUGGACAAAGGAAAUAGUGUAAACAAAAUUACCAUGGAUUCAGAUGUUGUAUGGAUCACUUUGAUAGGGUGGAAAACGAAGAGGCCCAGAAUUGAGACUUGGCAUGUGAAAAGAGCAUGUACAGACAGUUUAAAGGAAAGAAAAAGUAUGAAAGGUGGUGAAUGCAAAAAAAGUGAGCGAGGCACUUUUUUUGUAUUUACCACCAAGAUUUUUGUAUUCAGGCAGGAAAGGGAACAGGGGACAACCAUUUCAGGACCAAUUUUACAAAAGAAAGCCCUAAAAUUUUAUGAUGAAUUUCAAGGAGAGCCUGGAUUUACAGUUAGUGCUGGCUGGCUCGAUAAAUGGGAAAAUCGUUACAACAUCAGGCAGUUAAACAUUUGUGGGGAAAAGCUAUCUGCUAACUUGGAAAAUGCUGCAAUAUUCAUGGAUAAUUUCCACAAACUAGUUAAAAAGGAGGGUAUGCCUGGAGAUCAAAUUUAUAACUGUGAUAAAACUGGUCUGAAUUUUCGAAUGCUACUUUUGAAAACACUGGCAUCCAGGGAAGAAACUUCAGCACCUGGCUAUAAAAGACACAAGGAGAGAAUAACAAUCUUGGCAAGCAUCAAUGCAACAGGCAGCUAA